UCCUUAAACUAGUGUUUUCCUGUGACUCCUCCACUCUCUCCAGUGUGACCUCCCACCCCCAUCCUCACCCUGAACACCGCCCUCUCAUCCCCACCUCAAGUCCUCCUCCCUCUACCGAGGAUUUGUCUCUCACAGGCAGAAAAUCCAACACUACACUCACUCGUACUACAUUUCGUACACUUCUUCAAGAGCACGCAGGAGAAGAAGAGGAACGAAGGAGGAGGGGAAAGAGAGACUGAGGUGAAAGCUUUCCAGACAGUUGGACCACAGAAUGUGGGAGGUGUGUAUAUGUGAAGUGUGUAUGUGUGUGAGACAGGAGAGUGGAUGUGGAUUUACCUGUGCAAGGGUUUCGCUACCAGCUGGAAAUACAGACUGUAGGGUGACUUGACAGAAGGUAAAGGGAAAUAAGGAGUGUAUGCAAAGGAGAAGGAAAGAAUAAAGGUUUUUCAAUAUGACACAGGAAAAACACUCUGAAUCUGGACUCUACCCUUCUAGCAACCAUCUUGGUUUUGCCCAAGCAGAGAUGGAGGUUGAUCGUGAGCACACAAAUAUCUCUUUAUCAAAGACUUCUUCAGACAUGGCCAGUGGUCCUACUCAGCGAAUGGAGCUAGCCUGGUGCCAGCAACAUCUCCACAAAAGUGUCAGCAAUGCAGGCUACCUUCAGAGCCCUGCCAGCAGAGGAGGAUCUGUCACUGGCAUGCCUUCUUCUUUGGAGCUUGAGGAACGUAGUAUAGCUAGAGGUGGUGUUAAUAUCACUCCAGAGACUGUUAUCUGGUGUAGAAGAGCCACACGGCCCUUUAGCAUCACUGAGGACUCACAGCAGGUAUACACUGCCGAAAGGUGUGCACCAUGUUCCCCGUCCAUGCACAGGGAUUUAAGAAUGGGCUGUUUAGGGAGCAGGGAGUCUUGUUGCCAAUGCCAUGCAGAGGAAAAUCUGAAAGCCCAUAAUAAAAUGGUUUAUGGGAUGUUGUCUCCCGCUCUAGGCACCAGACUCUGCCUUAAGAAUGCACAUAGCCUUGCACAUCCAGGGAUGGAUGACCGCCUUUGUACACAGAGUCCCUUUAAAGGUGAGAGCCACCGUUUACCAGCAUGCAGGUCUGCAUGUGUUAAUAAUGCACUGAAUGCUGGCUCCUUCAAAAACACUUAUGUUGUGCCCUGUCCUGGACAUUUAUUACCUCUACCAGCCUGUGCAGGAAGUUCUUGUUUACCUGAAAGGUCACUACUUCAUUCACCUUGGCAUGGUUUCCCACCUCUGGUGUCCUCUGUCAGUGAGACGGGACUAAACAAUCGGACUGUGGGUCACUGCGAUGGAUCUGAAACAUGUGGGAAGAACAUUUCUAACUUCAGACUAGACCAAAAUAGACAGUCUGGGUUUGGCCAUCGGACAGUAAAAGAUGCCUGCACCAUGACACUUCUAAAGGACUCCAGAGAUGUUGGUGUGCAAACCAUGUCAAAAGAUUCCCUAAUUGCUCCUCUCUCCAAUGCUUUCCCUGAGAUCAGUAUGACAUCUCGUCCAGGUUCAAACACACAUCUAGAUGGAGAGGAUGUAGAGACCAGGAUCUCAGUAAAGGAGGUGGAGUGGGAUGCGGAGGGAAUGACAUGGGAGGUCUAUGGGGCAGCUGUAGACCCAGAAGAGCUUGGCCUGGCCAUCCAGCGUCAUCUAGAGCUUCAGAUCAAAGAAACAGCAGCUGCUGCUGCCCAGAAAAAAACAACUGCAGAGAAUAAUGGUGCCUCAAUGCAACAAAACAAUCGACAGAGGAAGAGUGAAAGUAUGGUACGAUUGCUGUGUGGUCCAGCAUGCUGCUCACGUUCCACUGCUGUAGAAGACUGGGGAGAUUAAUGAAAUUGUAAGAUUAUAAGCAUGUAAACUGCCUUCUUUACCUCUUAAGCACUUUUUGAAUUAAUAUAGUAGAUGAAGUCCAAGCGCCUGACAGGAUAAGUGUUUGAUCAUCCCUUAAAGUCCCAACUUAUUAAUCAGUUAUUAUUCUUAAAGCAGAGAACUAAUCAAUUCUCUGAGAAAAUUUGAAGAGGCAACAUUCCGGACUUCUAUACUCAGGAAAAAACUUUAAGGCAAUACUUGAAAAUAACAUACACACAUGUACAUUGUACCUGAGUCAAAUCUAGACAUGGUAAAUGUAUUUGGGGAAAAAAUUGGUAACUUCAUAUAGCAAAUGGCUAUAUCACAAACUCUCAAAUUGCUCUUGGUAUUGUUGUAUAUAUCCUACAUGCCUUUAGUAAAGGGCAUUUUCAGAUUUACAAUUACAAGUCCACAAUCAAGACCUUAUUGUAAAGUACAGAUUUUGAUUAGUUGAUUAAAUUUAGUAUUUGUGUUUUGACAGAACAAAUAAGAUUAUGAUAUAUAUUAUGCUUUACAUUAUAACUGCUUGCAGGUAUAGAUUUAAAUUAUGCACAUGCUUCAUUUCAAACCUAAAAUAAGAUCGUACUGAUAAGAUGUAAGGUGGUGAUGAUAUUUUGGUAAUUUUUUAAUGCUGUUUGAAAAUACAAAAACACUAUUAUGUUUUUGAAGUAAUGAAGACAUUCUACACUCACUGUCCACUUUAAUAGGAAAACCUGUACACCUGCUCAUUUAUGCUGUUAUCCAAUAAGCCAAUCAUGUGGCAGCAGCACAUUGCAUAACAUAAUGUAGAUACAGGCGUGGUGAGUCUGUGCCCAUCACAGCCUCAGAUUCCUGUUUUUGGCUGGCAAGCGUGGAAUCUGAUGUGAUCGUCUGCUGUUGUAGCCCAUCCACCUCAAGGUUUGAUGAGAUGUUGAGCAUGUUGAGAUGCUUUUCUGCUCACCACGAUUGUAAAGAGUGCUUUUUGAGUUACUACAUCCUUCCUGGCAGCUCAAGUCAAUCUGGUUUAUCAGCAAGGCAUUUCUACCCACAGAAGUGUCGCUCACUUAAUGUUUUUUUGUUUUUCGCCCCAUUCUGUGUAAACUCUAGAGACUGUUGUGUGUGAAAUUCCCAGGAGUUCAGCAGUUUCUGAAACAUUAAAUCCAGACCAUCUGGCACCAAAAACCAUGUCACAGUUAAAGUCAAAUAGAUCACAUUUUUCUCCCAUUCUGAUGUUUGAUGUGAACAGUAACUGAAGCUCUUCACCUGUAUCUGCAUGAUAUUAUGCAUUGAGCUGCUGUCACAUGAUUGGCUUA